GUAGCCACAUGGGGGAAGACCAUGGAAGACAUGUCCCCUGGCAGUCAGUACAGCAGCCUAAGGCACCAGGAAUUUAAAAAUCUAGAUACCAUGUAUGGAGGAGGCUCAGGUAACUUCUUAGUGACUGCCCAGGGGAAAACAACCCAUUUUGAAAGUCAAUCUGUGAUUUGUGUUGUUCACAAUUCUGCAAGCCUCUCAAGGCCUAAGGAAGACCAUGUCUAUUGCCCUGAGGCUUCUACUGGCUUAGGAGGCAGGUCAAGUCCAAAACAACAUGCUAUUCUGGCUGGAGCUCCAAGAAAGGUUGACCUAGAAGUUCCCACAUGGCAACACGUGAAGUGGAAGGAGAGUAUUGGGUCUGGGUUGGCAGAAGCCUGCAGGACCAGCAGCAAAACUCCCAGGCCAACUCCAUUGCCAAAGCAAAGACCUAGCUCAGAUCCUAGGGGAGUUAUGGAGGAGGCCCCGUGCCAACACCCAAAGGAGGCUUUAGAUUACCUCAUCUUCUCUGGGAACACUGAAACUAGCAGCCCUUUGGCUCCUCCAGGAGGGAAGGACAGCAGGUCUCUUCCUUGCCAACAACUGUGCAAUUAUCAACCCAUUGCUACUCAUCCUUCCACUUUGCUGUGUUACAGAGAUGGUGAACUGAGGAAUGGGACUUCCAAGGUUGACCCACCCACUACUCCUUUCAUAGUGCCUUCCAGGGCCUGUGAAAUGGAUGAGAUAGGAGAGAGCCCUUCCACAGAACGUCACUUGCUCUUGGCACAUGGCCUUGAGCACAAAGGUGUUCAUGUGGAACUUGAACCAAUGAGCAGUAGCCACACUCUUGAGCCACCCACUGGAGUUGCUGCCCUAUCUCUAGCUGGAGGCUGCAGUUCCCCUUCCACCCCUGGUGUGAGGACAAGUUUCCUCACCCACUCAGCUGCUGAUAGAAGCUUGAGGUCAGUGAGGAGUCCUGAGAAAAAGGUGACUGAGAAAGCCAGCACUGAACUUGAGGCUGUCCUUUUCCCUGAAGUCAUGAUCUCUGAGCCAUUGAGGACUUCAAAGGAUUGCUCUGUAGGUGGCCAGAGUGCACCGGCAUCUCAAACUAAGCCAGAACCACCUGCAACAACUAAGGGACCACGCAGCCUGAAUUUAAGAGAAGGGUCUGUUGAGAGCGAGCUGGUGGCAGAGACACAGCAUAGAUAUUUAGAAAAUGCCAUUAGACACCUUUCAAAAAAGACACAGCCUUCCACUGAGUCCACAGGUCACAGUUGCUCAGAUUCCAAAGCCAGGUUUCUAGCUAGGUUAAAACGUGUCUGCAGUCCUCAGCCUGACAAUUCCUGGGAGGAGGAAGAAGAAGAGCAACAGAAAGACCAAACUUUGGGAGGUGAUGAAGCCCCUGCCCAGGGUAGCAAUCCCCCACCCUCUGAUGAAGAAGACUUGGAUGGCUGUCAGAUGAGUGGUGCUAGAGAAGGGGAAGUGGCUGUGACCAAGUCUCCUGGGUCCCAGACUUUCUUUUCAGGGUUUAAGGACCCAGCUUCUGUGUCCUUGGAGCAAAGUGAAGCACCACAGCCUGCUGCCCAGAGGCCUGGCCAGCCCUGCUCUGAUAGGGAGCAGCCGGCUCCCCACCAGAGGUGCUCUCUUCCUGUGAUUGCAAUUUUCUCUGGCUCCAAACCCUCCAAGUCUUCCCCUAGACCCCAGUUCUCCGUGGUCAGCUCAUCUCGGUCUCUUAAGGAACUCAACUUGAGUGUAGAGCCUCCUCCUUCUACAGACGAGGAUGCACAGGGGCCUAACAGACUGCGGAGCCCACAUCUCAGGGACUGUUCAGGAAAAUCAGUUGCAAGAACAUGUCUGAGGUCUGAGGACUGUAAUCAGAAAUCUUCAUUGAAUUUGGACACUAGCCCUGCUGAUUACAGGCCCCUGAAACCUGCCACCCCUCCUUACCCAACGUCUCCUGCUCUCUCAUGCAUGCCAACCCCUGAUUUCAUGACCAGCUGGAUUUCUGGCACUUUGGAACAGGCCCAGCAAAGAAAGCCAGAGAAAUUGGGUGUCCAGGUUAGGCCAGAUCAUUGGUGCUCUCAGCUGGACAAAGGAAUGUUGCACAUUGGCUCCAGUGACAUCAAUCCCUAUGUCUUGCCCUGGUCUCCAGCGGGGUCUUCAUGCAUUGGCUGGAAGCAGUAUGUGUUUGGCAGUGCAGUUGAUGUCUCCUGGAGCCAAAAGCACCAUGGCCUGAUACCAUCAAAUGUGGCCCAGUGCUCCAGCAUGGAUUGCCUAGAAGGCCAGAACUCAGCAUUCCACUCCCACCUCAGCAUCUAUGCCAAAACCCGGGAUCUGUCAAACACACGCAGCAGCAUUGAGAAUGCCCAAAGUUCAAAUGAGGCUGGGGAAGUGUGGCAUUCCUCAUUUGCCUUAAGGGAACCCCACAUCCUGACUGGCCCUCAAGGGGUAGACCCCACUUCAGGUACUGACAGAAGACCCCACUUUCAGGACCCCAGUGAUGAAGCUAGCUGCACCAAGAGUGAGCUCCCACUGGCAGAAGGAAGUUCUGCAGGUCCUGUGGAUGAGAUUGUGCUUCUGUACCCAUCAGAGGCAGGCUGCCGUAUGGAACAGGCUAGGAUAAACACCUUGGAGCAGGGCACGCAGACCCUGGGCACUGACGUCUCUGCUCAGCCUGUCUCCAGUGUUGUGUCAGCCUGUGACCUGGCCGCCUGGACCAGCAUGCACAAUCUGUCUCUCCAUCUCUCACAGCUCCUGCACAGCACCUCAGAGCUACUUGGCACUCUCUCCCAGCCAAGUGUAGUCCAAAAGGAGGAGAACACCAAGAGUGAUACCUCAGAUGAGGCCGCACAGGCCCUUAGAAUGGACGGUGCUACUCAGACAACUGUGGAUGAGGGAAGCCAGACUGACCUGGCUUCAGCCCUUCUCCCCUCCACGUCAGAGAUCAAACCACAGGAAGUCAAUGUGAUCCUUGAAGUGCUGGGCUCAGGUAUCGAGCCCCUGUCUCUAGAAAAGGACCAUGUCCCAGAGGCACUUCAGAAGAGAGAAGCAGAGGAAUCAGCACAGAAAAUGACCUUGCCUCCAGAUCUUCAUGAGGAAAGCACCCCCUGUGGCCUGCAGAGUCCUCCAACGCCCUCAUCCCACUUGAGGGUUGAGAGCCCGUCUGGGCAGAGCAUCCCUUCUGAGAGCCCCCCAGCUUCUCCUGAUGCUGCCCUGCCUCCCAGCUCCCAGCCAGAGCAAUCCUCCUGCAUGGUGGUCAAUAACCCCAGCAUCCCUCACUCACCAGGGUUGUUUUUUGAUACUUCAGAGUCUACCUGGGACCCUGGCAUCCAGAAGAAGCUGGGCCCCUUGGGGGCCUUGUUGGUGGACCGGGCCUCCUCCCCAAUUCUCACCCUCAGGGCUGGCACCCAAGAGUCAGGUCCCCCCCUACAUGCUUGGAUUCCCUCAGCUCUGCCUCUUGAAGACCACCCGAAGCUUGACUUUAGUCUAGACCUUGCUCUACGUGCCCCCAAACCUCCAAUGGAUAGUUAUUCUCAAAGUAUAGACGUGUCAUGUGGCUCCCAGAAAGUUGAGUCUGGAGGUAGAGGAGGCGUGAGUCCCUUAGAAAGGAGUGCUGAGAGCUUACUCCUGGAGGCGAGCUCCCCAUGUACCCCCCUACAGAGCACCAGAAUCCAAGUUAGUUUCUCAGGGGAAUCCCCUCAGCAGCUUCAGCCCAGGACGGCCACCAGGGUCCAAAAAAGACUGCCGCCUCCACCACUGAGGCACAGGAGCUUGAGGCUGGCUGAUAGCUUUGUGCCUGAAGUGGCAGCUUCCUCAGAGCAUGGCUCACUGAGCAGUAGAGGGCCAAGUCGAUGGCAGGGCAGGCUGGAAAGUGGGAGUGAAAGUGUAGCAUCUAUGGUGGAGCCACAAACCACUCUAGACCUCUCCUCUUCGUGGAGAGGCCUCCAGCCCCUUAGCCCCUGCUCUGUCUCUCACCUGGCCGACACUGCAGGGCUUCGAGCUUCUACCUUGGGCCCACCUGAGGCUGGACAACUUGAAGGGCUACUGUGCCCCAGUUCCCCAGUGUGCAUGGCCCCUGAGCCCCAGCAUCAUAGCCUGAGAGACCUUCCACUGCAUAACAAAUUUAGUAACUGGGGUGGGGUUCAUGAUGGCUCUCCUGGGGGGCUGGGUGUAAGUAAAGAUCUCAAUGCUGGAGAGCAGAGACAAAGGCCUCCGCAACCUCCCAACAACCUGGAUCCUGAGUGGUCCCGCAGGGAGCAGAUCCCCCUGCACGUUGGGGUCCAGAAGCCCUCACUCAGCAUAGAACUCACGGAAGCAAAACUGCAUCGUGGCUUCGGGGAGGCGGAUGCCCUUCUGCAGGUGCUGCAGACUGGGAUGGGGGAGGCACUUGCUCCUGAUGAACCUGAACCUGUGACAUUCACCUGGAAAGAGCUGUAUUCCCGGCAGAAAAAAACUAUUGAGACCCUCAGGAGAGAGAGGGCUGAGCAAUUUCAGAACAUCCGUCGGACACGAAGCCUCAGCCCCCAGAAGCAGCAGAGCUUCCUAUUCAACAGGGAUCUCCCCAACCGUGAACUCGAUUUGCCCAGCAGACGCCGGGAAUACUUGCAGCAACUGAGAAAGGAUGUCGUCGAGACUACCAGGAGCCCAGAAUCACCAUUGAGGUCUGCUGCCUCCUCUGACAUCGAUCUGAUGCUGCGGGACUAUCAGCGGGCCCGUGAGGAGACCAAAGUGGAGAUUGCCCGGGCACGGGAGAGGCUGCGGGAGCGGACUGAGCAGGAGAAGUUGAGGAUCCGCCAGCAGAUCACCACCCAGCUGCUGAGGGAAGAGGAAAAACUACACUCCCUGGUCAACUCCAGCUCCCUGUGCUCUAGCUCCAAUGGAAGCCUCUCUUCUGGUGUCACUUCUGGUUACAACAGCAGUCCAGCCUUGUCAGGCCAGCUUCCGUCCCCAGAGGGUGUGGGGGACUCAAACUCCUCGGAUCCCAGAGACACCUGGAUAGGGGAUGGGCGGAGCCGCUCUGCAGUGAGGAAUAGUCACCUGUAUGUGGCAGGGACUGUCUGGAGGAGCUCUGCUUACAGCUACAGAGCCUCGCUGGGCAGCUGCUGCUCUCCCUCCAGCCUGUCCAGCUUGGGGACCUGUUUCUCCUCCUCCUACCAGGAUUUGGCCAAGCACAUUGUGGACACCACCAUGGCUGAUGUAAUGGCUGCUUGUUCAGAGAAUCUGCACAACCUCUUCACCCGCCAGCCGGCAGCUGGCUGGAACUAUCAGGGUGAGGAGCAGGAAGUGCAGCUGUACUACAAGGAGUUUUCUUCUACUCGGCACGGCUUCCUAGGGGCAGGUGUGGUGUCCCAGCCGCUGUCUCACGUGUGGGCAGCUGUGAGUGACCCCACCCUGUGGCCCCUCUACCACAAGCCCAUCCAGACAGCAAGGCUGCAUCAGCGGGUGACCAACAGCAUCAGCCUGGUAUACCUGGUGUGCGAUACCACACUGUGUGCCAUGAAGCAGCCGCGGGAUUUCUGUUGUGUCUGUGUGGAAGCCAAAGAGGUGCCUACUGUGCUGGUGGGACAAUUGUCUGUCAUGGCAGCUCAGUCUGUAUAUGACACGUCCAUGCCAAGACCCAGCAGAAAUAUGGUUCGAGGGGAGAUCCUGCCCAGUGCCUGGAUCCUGCAGCCUGUCACCAUAGAAGGGAAGGAAAUCACCAGAGUCAUCUUCUUGGCCCAGGUGGAGCUGGGCGCGCCAGGCUUCCCCCCUCACCUCCUGAGCUCCUUUGUCAAGCAGCAGCCGCUGGUCGUGGCCAAGCUGGCUUCCUUCCUUGGUAGUUAGCAUUGCAAUGGAGAUGCUGCUGAGAUGCUGGCCCAGGAUUUCCCAGACAUUACAGCCACUCUCUACUGUCUGCAUCCAGGUGACCCAGAUGGCACUAGCCUAGGGUUGCCAGCAAAACCCGGUUAGUACUUGGGUCACCUCUAGCACCUCUGCAGAGCCAGCACCCUGAAGUCCUGGCCCUGGCUAUCCCGGGAUGAAUGCUCAACUCGCCUUUUGGAUUUCUCACCUUUAUUUCCCAUCUCUGGGGCUCUGUGGCCCAUGAGCUACUCAGGACUGGAGUGAGGCACAGCCAGCAGAGCUGGGGACUGUAGUGCUUUGGCAAGGCUCCUCCUCGCAAGCAAGCAUUAGCCAGGACUUCUCUGGAUCUGCUUCCAGCAUUCAGCUUCACUGUGUGAUGGAGUGGCAAAAAGGACCAAACCAGAAAAAGGUCUUAAAAAAAAAUAUAGCUAUACGAACCAGAACCGAUUCAGAAUCUUUUUCUCCCUGUUGAAUGUUUGCAAAAUGCUUUACUUGCUUUUGUUCUUCUUGCCUUUCCUUGCCCAGAGAGGACACCUGGGUCUUGCACCAGAGUCAGGGGUGCUGAGUGCUGGUGUGGAGCAGUGAAGUGAGAGACCGCUGUGUAAGCAGGUGGGACAAAUGUGGGGUCACAGGCAGGGGCCUGGCUUUUUGAGGACCUUUAGUGGGUUGAGGCAGCCAGAUGCUGGCUGCUCACAAAGCAACAUGGAUUUCAGAGAUUAAAAAUUGACCUCUGGCUGGGUGGUGGUGGCUCACGCCUAUAAUCCUAGCUACUCAGGAGGCAGAGGUCAGGACUGUGGUUCAAAGCUAA